AUGCUGCACGGCCCCGCCGCCAUGGGGGAGCCGUGGCCGCCGCAGCCGCAGCAGCAGCGGCUCCCGGGGCUCGGCAACGCCUCGGAGCCCCCAGCCUGGCCCUCGGCGGCGGCGGCCGGGCCGGGCACGGCGGCACCGAGCGGCGGGGCCGCGGCCGCGGGGUCCGUGAGCCCUUGGGACAUCGCGCUGUGCGCCACGGGCACGGCGGUGGCGGGGGAGAACGCGCUGGUGCUGGCCGUGCUGUUCUACACGCCGAGCCUGCGGGCGCCCAUGUUCCUGCUGAUCGGCAGCCUGGCUCUGGCCGACCUGCUGGCCGGGCUGGGGCUAGUGGCCAACUUCGCCGUGCGCUACCUGCUGCGGCCGCCCAGCGAGGCGGCGGAGCUGGCGGCGGCGGGGCUGCUGCUGGCCGCCUUCUCCGCCUCCGUCUGCAGCCUCCUGGCCAUCACGGUGGACCGCUACCUGUCGCUGUACAACGCGCUCACCUACCACAGCGAGCGCACGCUGGGCUUCACCUGCGCCAUGGUGCUGCUGAUGUGGCUGCUGUGCCUGGGCGUGGGGCUGCUGCCCCUCCUGGGCUGGAACUGCCUGCGGGACCAGAGCUCCUGCAGCAUCCUGCGGCCCGUCACCAAGGACAACGCGGCCGUGCUGGCCGUCACCUUCCUGCUCCUCUUCGCCCUCAUGAUGCAGCUCUACCUGCAGAUCUGCAAGAUCGCCUUCCGGCACGCCCAGCAGAUCGCCGUGCAGCACCAGUUCAUCGCCACGGCGCAGGCCACCUCCACCCGCAAAGGGCUCUCCACGCUGUCUCUCAUCCUCGGCACCUUCGCCCUGUGCUGGAUCCCCUUCGCCAUCUAUUCCCUGGUGGCCGAUUCCAGCUACCCCGCUGUCUACACCUACUCGCUGGCGCUGCCCGCCACCUGCAACUCGCUCAUCAACCCCAUCAUUUACGCCUUCAGAAACCCAGACAUCCAGAAGUCCCUCUGGCUGGCCUGCUGCGGGUGCAUCCCUUCUACGUUCUCCUCCAGACCAAGGACAUCCAGCGACGUGUGAGGACUGAGCACGGAGCCAGAGGUGCUCCCUGGCUCUCCUCCUUCUUCUCUUUUUCCCCUCUGUCGUUAUUGUUUCCUACCGGGAGGAGUCCCCCUCCCCGGUCAGCACAUCUCGUUCCAUGGAAAGACGGCCGAAAAGAGAGGGAAAAAAAAAAAAAAAGCAAAAGGGAAAAAGAAAGAGAGAGAGUAGAAUGAUAAUGGUUUCCUUUAGAAAUGUUAUUUUCUUACACAUUUUAUUUUUUAUUUAAAAACACAAAACACCAAAAAAAAAAAAGAAAGGAAGAAAAAGAAAAGGGAAAAGGAUCCUCGCACAAUGACGUUUGUCUGCUCUCGGGGUAAGGAGCCAGCGGAGCAGCGGGCCCCAUCCGGGU